AUGCCUAAAAGCUCUAAAGAUCGAGUGGAGCAGGAAGGCAGAAUCCUAUUAGCUAUUUCAGCUUUAAAUAAGCAAAAAAUUCUAUUGCUAGAUCAAUAUAGAGCAGCUCCUCGGUAUACACACCGUGUACAGAUCACUAUAAUACAGUAUAGGAUUCAACCAAACGAUAUUUAUAACUUUAAUAAAAUUAGCUUUACAAUAGGCUUGAUAUCUACUACUAAAAUACCAAGAAAUCAGAAAUGGAUUACUUCUAUUAAGUAUAUCGGCUCUAGAAAAUCUCUUCCACCUUAUCUUAUUUUUAAAGGCAAACGGCUAUUUAUACCUUUUACUAUUAGCCAUAUAGUUAGUCAAUAUCGUCUUUUAAUACUCGAUAGCCACAAUAGUUAUUUAACACCUCAGUUCAACGAUAUAUAUAGUCAAAACAAUAUUAUACCUCUCUAUAUAUCUAUACACUCGUCUUAUCUACUUCAGCCGCUUAAUAUAGACUACUUUAGCCCUUUAAAACGCGCGUACGGACAACUAAUUAAAAAUAAGAUAAGAUUAGGCUUUAACCAUAUCAAUAAACUUAACUUUUUUAAAGCCUUUUGUCACAGAAAUGAUAACGAUCAUGCAAGGUGA